GUGCCUGAGCAUCGUUGCUAGUUGUGGCUUCUCUUGCGCUGUCUUUCCCCCCCAGUUUUCUAUCGCUGUAUUCGGGAUUUAGCGUUUCCGAUACCCAUUCUGGAGACUACUCCUCGUUCCAACGCCGUCGAUUUUCGCCAAGCUACCUCCGGCGGAAACACAGAUUUCUCGAUCUGGGGUUAAUCGCUAGAGGUAGUCCGACCAGCUGCGAUUGAAUUUGCUACUAAUUGUGCUGGAAACCGAAACCCACUCUGGAGACGUGGAAACCCGCCACAUCAACCAUACUUUCGUCCCCCUAAAUUCUUCGAGGGAGCCACCACCCAGCCCUAGACGUCCUUAAAUUCCACCAGAACGCCACCAGGGACAGACAGAAAAGCAUGGCGUCAACCUCCGAUGUGCACGGUUCCUCUCCCGUUCCGACGAUGCCCCAGCCAAAUGACAACGGCCGCGCACACAUGUCCUCCCUUUCCUCAUCAUCUUCUAUCUCUGACGCAGAAACCGAACGCCGCGGUCGUUCCGAACGUCCUCGUAUGGCCAGUCGGAAACCCAGUGCCUCCAUACUAGUUCCCCGAGACCACCCUGAGAUUGAAAUUGAAGAAGAAGAAUUCCCCCCGGAUGACGCACGCGCGAUGAGUCCCCGACGUAACUCGGCUGAUCUGGAGCGACUGGGCAAGGAAGCCAGACAGACCUUGCAGGAACAAGCAAAGGCGCUCCAGUCCUCCCUUCAGGCACUUGCCGAACGUAUCGAAGCAGUGAAAUCGGAUCACGACAAACUCGAAAGUGAAAACAAAUUCUUGCAGGACUACAUUGGUGGACUGACCCAAAAAAUGACCAAGAGUGAAAUGACGAGAUCCAGCACCAAGGUCAGAAAGUCGCAGAAAUAGGCGUGA